AUGCCGAAAAGAGCAGCUCCUUCAGGACUCAAGGAAAGUAUUCUGAGCGGGCUUCUCUCCCAGAGCGGGAAAAAGGUCCUCGUGAUGGACAAAAACUCGUAUUAUGGAGGAGAGGCCGCGUCACUCAAUCUUACAAACCUGUACAAGCGCUUUAGGCCAGGUACGGAACCGCCAAAGGAGUAUGGGCCAAACCGUGACUGGAAUGUCGACCUCAUACCCAAGUUCGUUCUCGCAGGAGGCACCUUGGUCAAAAUACUACGCGCAACGGAGACUUCGCACUACCUAGAGUGGCAGGUGCUUGACGGCAGCUACGUGUACCAGCACCAAAAGGCAACGCUCUUCUACGACGAAAAGUUCAUCCACAAGGUUCCGGCCACGGACAAGGAGGCACUCCAAUCGCCGCUCAUGGGUUUCUUCGAGAAAACCCGGUGUCACAACUUCUACCGAUUCGUUGCCCAAUUCGACCACACGGAACCAGAAACCUGGAAAGGCCUCAACCCUUUCAAGGACACCAUCAAAGCGUAUUACGACCACUAUGGACUAGAGGAAAACACGGUCGAUUUCCUGGGACACGCCGUGGCACUACACACGUGCGAUGACUACAUGAACGAACCAGCCUUCAUGACCAUUCUCAGAAUGAAGCUAUACAUGGACUCCUUGAUGAGGUUCGGGUCGUCACCCUUCAUAUACCCUGUGUACGGCCUCGGAGGCAUACCGGAAGCGUUCUCCAGGAGAUGUGCCAUUUACAAUGGCACGUAUAUGCUCAACAAGCCUAUUAAUGGCUUCGAAUUCGACAGCGAAGGAAAGGUGUGCGCAGUGAAGACCGCAGAAGGGGAGACUGCCAGGUGUUCCAUGGUGGUAUGUGAUCCCACGUAUGUCGUUCACGCGCUGCCGCACAAGGUCAGGAGCGUUGGAAAAGUCAUUAGAUGCAUCUGCAUCCUCGGCAAUCCGAUCCCAGACACCAACGACGCAACAUCGUGCCAGGUCAUCAUUCCGCAAAAGCAGCUCGACAGGAAGCAUGACAUAUACAUCACGCUCGUCUCACACUCACACGGCGUUGCCACAAAGGGAAAGUUCGUAUCUCUUAUCUCUACAACUGUGGAGACCGACAACCCCGAAAGCGAAAUUGAGCCUGCCCUCAAAAUCAUUGGGCACAUCGAAGAGAAAUUCGUGCAGGUCUCAGACGUAUAUGUUCCCACGGACGAUGGCACCAAGGAUAACAUUUUUGUUUCGGAAUCGUACGAUGCUACCUCCCACUUUGAGUCGGCAUCGAACGAUGUGCUACAAAUGUACCGUGCUAUUACGGGCAAGGAACUUGAUCUGACGGUCGUGGACCGCGACGACAAUUAA